AUGUUCACCUUUAUAUUCAUGUGUAUGUGGAUUUCACUAGGUGACUCUACAACAGAUCCAAUCAAGCCACUUGAUCCACAUAAAAGUGUAACUGAAGGUGGUACUGUUACUCUGUCCUGCAGCUACAAAGACUUUACUGAUAGAGUAAACAAUCUGCAGUGGUAUCGUCAAUAUCCAAAAUCUAAACCAGAGUUCCUUAUUUCCACUCUUCCCUUUGGAGAUCCAAGUAAAAACAUUCCAUUACGUUUGUCUGCUAAAGGUCAUCAGGAUUUAAAACAAGUGGAUCUGAACAUCUCCUCUGCUGCAGUAUCAAACUCUGUAAUAUAUUACUGUGCUCUGCAGCCCACAGUGACAGGAAACACAGCUGCACUGUACAAAAACCUUAACACAGAUGUUUUGGCAGAUCGACUAAUCAACUUGAUACUAUUCUCCACCAUUAACUAUGUUAAAAACAAACACCGCUCACGCCUCACAGACGGCAGCUUACAGUCCUGCGUAAAGAUGAAAGUGACUUCGUACAGCCCCGAUUUGCAGAGGUUCAGCAGCAGAAGUCCCAUUAACCAGGUCAAGGCUCCGCUACACGCUCCGAAAGCCCAAAGGCGAUAUAAGGAUGACGGCUCACUGCAUUUUUUGUUUGCUACAUGGAUAAUUAAACACUUCAUGGCUUUCAUAAGCAACACACUGUAG